AUGAAGGCGAGUGAAGGUGACAAACACUUUCUGCCAAUCGAGAUUAUCAUCAACAUUCUCAAAAGGCUUCCUGCCAAAUCCAUCGUUCGAUUUCGAUGUGUGUGUAAAGAUUGGAAAAAUCUCUUCAAAACCCCAUCUUUCAUCGCCGACCAUAUCCACCACUCUCAUCAUGAGAAUCCUUUUCUCCUCCUCCAUGAACACAAUCUUCAACAAAGGCGUUUGUCCUUACGUUUGCUCAAUCAUGAGAUGAAAACAGUUGAAGUUUUGAGCUUGCCGCCCUCGAUUGAUCCCUUCGGACAUGUCUACUGGGAAAUCAUUGGCUCCUGCAAUGGCUUGCUUUGUGUCGUAGUUGAUCCUGCUAGCAGUAGGUCUCCUUGUUCGCUUUGGCUGUGGAACCCGGAGAUUAGAGAGGUCAGAGAAGUUCCCCAAACAACGAAUGACUAUUGGGACAAGUGCCAGUUUGGAUUUGGGUACAGUAGCGUCCUUAGUGAUCACAAGAUAGUGAGAUUUUGUCAUAAACAGGGGCGCAGAAAAAAGGAAGACGCCAUCUGGGGAUAUGAUAUUAAAGUGGAAGUAUUUUCAUUAAACACAAGUUCAUGGAAGGAGCUAGAAUCUGGAGCUUCACAGAAUACAGAAAUUAUAUUUCCAACUAUCAGUGGCAGUGCUGAUGGAACUAUAGUUUGGUUAGGAAGACAAGAUCAUUGUCCUGUGGUAGUUUCUUUCACCAUAGUGACGGAAGUGUUUACAUUUACACCAAUACCAUUUGCACGUCAUCAUUUAUAUUAUCGAAUUUGUCUUGGUGUGUACGACAACAAAUUCGUUAUAUUUUGGAAUCGUCGUUCGUCUUGUUUAAUCGAUAUGUGUGUGUUGGAGGAGGUUGCUAGUGAAUCUGGGAAGAGUUUGUACUGUACAGAAGAAGAUACCAUUAUAUCAUUUUCAUUUGCUUUGAAGCCAUUAAGUAUUUGGAGAAAUGAAAUAGUGUGCUUUGAUGAACGUAAGGUGGAGGGUCAACCAAGGUACUUUCUUAAGUUGUUCAAUCUCACUACUAGGAAAUGGAAAGAGUUCCACAACUUUUCUGCAGGUCGUGAAAGCUGGUGUUAUGGUUUCAAUUAUAAAAGGAGCCUUGUGUCUGUCUGCAACAUCCAGGUUGAAUAA